UUCUUUCAGUAUUCACAGGUCUCCGGCGUCUGCACUGUAUGCACAUGUACUACGAACAUUAACCUAAGGACACAACAAGAAUACGUCUUAAUUUAGACGAUAUUGUUUUAAUUCUUCAUGAGAGAGCAAUGACUUUAUGUCAAAGUCUUCAACGUUUUGGUAGGGUUGGUCGGUGGGUACUUCCCAAAAGCCAUCAUGAAAGUAUUACGCGCAGUUUUUCUGUAUCAACUCCCCUCUUGAAUGAUACCCUUCGUCGCUCAGCAAUUUUCACUGCAGAAAAGAAAAGACAACAUGAAGCUGUGGGACGUAUCAAUAAGAUAGAGGUGGAAGUCACGUCAGACUAUGGCAAUGAGUUGCUUCUGAUGAAUCGAGACAUCUCUACUCCUCACGAUUGUGCGAAACACAUAUCGGGGCAUUUGACCAAGAACGCAUUUGUUGCACUCGUUAAUACUGACUCAAAUCCAAAUCAGCCAUGGGACAUGCACAAGCCUCUUUCAAGUUCUUGUCGAUUACAGUUCCUGAAAACCACAGACAAAAAUCCUUGGAUAGCCAACAACACAUUUUGGCGAUCAUGCUCCUUUAUGCUAGGCGCAGUGGUUUCAAAAGCGUUUAGGGAUGACAUUGCUGUAAUCUUGCACAGUUUUCCUUCACCUAAUGUUUACAGUGGCAGCUUCAUACUGGAUGCAUUUGUUGGACUUGAGUCCUGGAAUCCUUCACCAGAGGAGCUGCGGUCAUUUUCAGCAGACAUGGUAAAAUUAUCAGGAGAGGAGUUACCUUUUGAGUAUCUUUCUGUCAGCAGAGAGAUUGCAGAGGAUAUGUUUUCUGACAACCCAUAUAAACGGGUUCAUAUAGGCAAUAUUUUUGAGAAUCAUAAUGAAGUGGUGGUUUAUCGAGUUGGUGACCAUGUAGAUAUUAGUCGUGGUCCAAUGAUGAACCACACUGGCCUACUUGGGCGUUGUACUAUAGCAUCUGUUCAUUACCUUGAAGAUGAUCAGCUGUUUCGAUUUCAGGGUGUAGCGUUACCAAUAGGGCACAAGUUGAAUCAUUAUGCAUAUGGUAUACUGGAAAAUCGAGCCAAAUUUCUUAAUGAUCAUAUGAUUCCAUCUCAAACCAAAUUCCAACCAGCUCCUGAAUAUGCCACCGAAGCUACGAAAGUUAACUAAACCUGGAAGGGUGAACUUCCCUGUUGCUAAUGUUUCAAUGUAUUCUAUCUGUGAAAUACAUUGCUGUUACCUGUA